AUAUUCAGCAUACACAUGGAACCUGCAAACCAGACACAUAUUUCAGAAUUCUUUCUCAUGGGACUAGCUUAUGUCCCUGAACUGCAGCCCCUCAUUUUCAACGUGUUCCUGCUCAUGUACCUCAUCACCAUAAUGGGAAACCUACUCAUUAUCCUGGCUGUGAGCAUAGACUCCCACCUCCACACUCCCAUGUAUUUCUUCCUGUGUAAUCUGUCUUUCACUGAUAUCUGUACGAGCACAACAUCAGUCCCAAAGUUGCUGUUGAACAUUCAAGCACAUGACCAAAGCAUCACUUACAUAGGCUGCAUCUCACAGGUGUAUUCUAUGUUGACAUUUUGUGGUGUAGAAAGUUGUCUCCUCACUGUAAUGGCUUAUGACCGCUAUGUGGCCAUUUGUCAACCUUUGAGAUAUACAAUUAUUAUGAACCCUUUCCUGUGCAUCUUGCUAGUCUUACUUUCUCUGAUAAUCAGCACUAUAAAUGCACUGCUCCACACACUUCUGGUGUUGCAACUGUUCUUUUGUACAGAAAAUGAUAUCCCCAACUUCUUCUGUGAACUUGGUCAAAUCACAAAACUUGCCUGUUCUGAUACAUUUAUCAAUAUUAUCUUUAUUUAUCUGGCAACUAUUGUAUUUUCAGUUAUCCCCCUCUCUGGAAUUAUUUUCUCUUAUUUUCAAAUUGUGUCCUUGAUUCUGAAGAUCCCAUCAGUUGGUGGAAGGCAUAAAGCUUUUUCCACCUGUGGGUCUCAUCUUUCAGUGGUAUCUUUAUUCUAUGGGACUGGUUUAGGUGUGUACAUGAGUUCUUCAGUUUCUAACUCUUCCAGCAGCAAUGUAAUAGCAUCCAUGAUGUACAGUGUGGUCCCUCAAAUGCUGAAUCCUUUCAUCUACAGUUUGAGAAGCAAAGAAAUCAAAGGGGCCUUGAGGAAGGUCAUCGUUGGGAUCAUUUAUUUUCUGUAA